AUAGUGAUCCAUCAGAUUCUGAAGAUAGUGAAUACUCUGUAAAAGUAUCUGAUGAGUCAACUGAAGAGAGUGAUAAUUCUGAAGAUAGUGAAAUACUUGAAGAUGAUCAAUAUGGAAGUGAUGUUCAUGAGGAGUUAAUUCAACUGAGGGCUGAGAAAAGAUCUUUUCUGAGGAGAAGAAAAAAAAGGAAAAGAAUUUCUGCAGAUACUGAAGAAGUAGCAUGUGGUAAUGCUGGAGCAGGUCUUGGGUUUGAUGAGACAACUAUGAAUAGAUGUACUUUAGAAGAAAGGUUGGGGGGGUGAUGAACCAUAUUAUGCAAGUUCUGAUGCUUGUAGUUUUGAAACUGACACAGAUGAUAGUUGUCUAGAGGAAGGUGAAAAAAUGAAGUUGAAACUGCCUAACACAAAAAGGAAAAAACAUACCAUAGAGAGAGUCACAUUUGAUCCCAACAUUAAGAAGAUUGUGUGGCAAUUGGGUAUGAUUUUUGAAAGUGUAAAAGAGCUUAGAUUGACAGUCACUAAGUAUGCAAUUCAGAGAGAGGUUCGGAUUGAAAAGUGUGUGAAUGAGCCAAAUAGAGUAAGGGUGAGAUGUUGCAAGGUAAAUUGCAAAUGGUUGUUAUAUGCAAGUUUGGACAAGAAGACUAAUAACUUUGUUAUUAAGACUUACAUGCCAGUCCAUUCAUGUCAAAAGGCUACUAGGAAUUAUUUGUGCAACUCUACAUUCAUUGCUACUGUUUUCAAAAAGAAAGUUAUUGAACAACCAAAUAUCAGAGUGUUCAAGUUGCAAGAGUUAAUCCGUAAGAAGUAUAAUGUGCAUGUUGGUAAGACCAUAACUAGAAGAGCAAGAGCUAAAAUUUUGAAUGAACUUAUGGGUGAUCAUGUUAAGGAAUUUGGGAGAAUUCUUGAUUAUAAGGAUGAGUUGCUGAGGUCUAAUCCUGGGAGUACUUGUGUGGUGAAGCUAGGAGAAGCUAAUGCAUCUGGCAGGCCAGUAUUUAAGGCAUUUUACAUUUGUUUUGCUGCAUUCAAGAUGGCAUUUAUGUCAGCUAGAAAAUACAUUGGUCUGAAUAGUUGUUUCUUGAAGGGGGUUUGCAGGGGUCAAUUACUUAUUGCAGUGGCUAAAGAUGACAAUAAUCAAAUGCUUUCACUUGCUUGGGCUGUAAUUGAAAAUGAGAACACAAUCACUUGGAGUUGGUUUAUUUCUCUGUUGAAAGAAGACUUGAGAUUAGGAGAUGGAACAAGUUUCACAAUUAUGUCAGACAUGCAAAAGGGACUGGAUAUAGCUAUAAAGAAGUUGCUGCCAGCUUGUGUGGAAAGAAGGUGUGCUAGGCAUAUACUAGCAAAUUGGUCAAAGAAUUGGAGCGGGCUGCAAAGGAAGAAGCAGUUUUGGAAGUGUGCUAGAAGUACUUUUGAAGUUGAAUUCAGAGAAAAUCUGCACGAGUUGUUUAAAUUAGGUACUGGAGGUACAGGUAUAGUGGAUGACCUAAUUUACUAUGAUAAAGAAUAUUGGUGUAAGGUGUAUUUUAAUUGUGAAGUCAAGUAUGAUGCAAUAGAUAAUAAUAUGUGUGAAAGCUUUAAUGCUUGGAUUUUGUCUGCAAGGCAUAAAACCAUUAUUACUAUGCUUGAAGAGAUAAGAAUUAAGGUCAUGAAUAGGUUAGCUAGGUUAAGUGAAUUUCCAAACUCUUGGAUAAGCAAUUUCUCUCUAAUGGCAAUGAAAGUAUUAGAACAAAAUAUUGAUAAGUCAAUGGCAUGUAACAUUGAGUUUAAUGGAGUAACUGACUAUGAGGUUUUGGAUGGAUACAAACAACACACUAUAUGUUUGAGAAAGAGGGAGUGA